AUGGCCAGGUCUGCGUAUCUGGUCAUGGUCGAAGGCGUCUGCGCGCUCCUGACGAUGCUCGUCACCCUCAACAGUUCCAUUAACGUCGUCUGGGACUGCGGGCUCGACUAUUUCUGGGUAUCUCUGCUACUCUUCUUGGUCGUGCCCACGCUGUUGGGGAGCUAUAUCUGCCGCGUGCUCCGCCUGGCCGUGGUUUUCCAUCCGAGGGCGAAGCGUGCCCUACCGUGGCUCAUCCCGGGAGGCCGUUCCGAUGCAGGCUACUAUCCGGACGACGACUUAAGCGCGUUCGCGGUGGCGCUGGCUUGCACUUUCCCUUUCAUCAGGAACGUUGACGAUCUUUUCAGCAUCAGCAAGGAGAUCAUCAUCGUCACCGCGGCCGUCGUGAUCCUCGCAAUUGAGCAGAACGUCGUCGACAAGUGGGGAGGGGUCUACGAGCGGAGAUGGAUUGAUAAAAGCGUGUCCAUCUUGUUUGUGGCGGUGCUCUUCGGCGUCAGUAUUGUGGACCCGCUGCGACGCCUAGCGUUCGACCCUUUGGCGGCAACCCAGCACAACCACGCCAAUCGCAUUCUCCUCAGCCGCACGGAACCCCACAACUCGGUGAGACGAGAAUUAGGGUUUUCGUCAGUCAUAGGCGGCGGCUCGCAACGGACACGUGGCGACAGCGAAGAGGAAGCCAGACUCGAAGAAGGACAGCGUGAAGGAGUCCCGGGCAAGGACACAACAACAGCAGCAGGAGGAGAUGGUGACACUGGCGAUGUCCCCACCUCGGCCGCCAUUGGCAGGGGUGCGACUACGGCACCCACCGCCGACGCCGACGGUGCCGUCGCCCCCUGUACGUGGAACGAGCGGGAACCAACCAAUUCCUCCGUCGUUGCGGAGGGAUCGUCUUCCGUAUCCAACGACAACAGCACCCGCGGCAGGCGUGGCGCUUUCCAGAGGGUGCAGAGAGCGAGGGGCAGCGGCCGAGACCGCGGUUGUAGUAGUCGAAGUCGUUCGGAUAGGGAGGAGAUGGAGGUGUGGGACUUCGAGCGGAUUGCGAGUACGCCCCUGUUGGCCGCCGCGUUCGAGGACUAUUCUAAGAGGGCGCUUUGCCACGAGUCGGUGCUCUUUCUGAGCGAGGUUUCUCGGUACCAGAACAAUAACUACCCCAUGCCGACAAGAGCAUCUUCCGCUUCAUCUCCGAGAAUUCAGUUUGGUUCGUUCUGCUAUAUCACGGAUACCUUCAUCAAGGCCGGCUCAUCUGAGGAAGUAAACAUAAGGAUGAUAUUUUCGCGAGCGUAUCGGGACGUUAAGAAUAUGCUGGAAGCCAACCUGGUCCUCCGCUUCCUCAACACGGACCGCUUCAAGAACGUGAGGGUGCAAAGAGAGAAUAUGAAGGCCAUGAUGGGCUCCCCACCCCCACAGGAGGGACAGUAG